UUCUGCAGAGGAACCACAUCACUGACUCUGAGACACUGGCUGGAUCUCACCAUCACUGCAGAAACUCAACCAGCUGAAGAAAGAAGGAACCCGACGUCGACCAUGUCUGCCGGCCUGGAGCUCAUAGGCAUCGUGCUAUGCGUCCUGGGGUGGCUCCUGGCCAUCGUCUCCUGCGCCCUGCCCAUGUGGCGGGUCACCGCCUUCAUCGGCUCCAACAUUGUGACGGCCCAGAUCAUCUGGGAUGGCCUGUGGAUGAGCUGCGUUGUCCAGAGCACGGGGCAGAUGCAGUGUAAGGUCUACGACUCCAUGCUGGCCCUAUCACAGGACCUCCAAGCAGCCAGAGCGCUGACUGUCAUCUCCAUCCUGCUGACCGUCCUGGCUGUGCUGGUGUCCAUCGCCGGCGCCAAGUGCACCAACUGCAUUGAGGACGAGUCCUCCAAGGCCAAAGUCAUGAUCAUCGCUGGGGUGCUGUUCAUUGUGGCCGGGCUCAUGCAGCUGAUUCCUGUAUGCUGGUCAGCCAACAGCAUCAUCAGGGACUUCUACAACCCGCUGCUGACCGACGCACAGCGGAGGGAGCUCGGGGCCGCGCUCUACAUCGGCUGGGCUGCAGCCGCCCUCCUCUUAAUGGGCGGCUCCUUGCUCUGCUGCUCCUGUCCGCCACAGGAGAAGAAAUACAACCCCUCCAGGAUGGCUUACUCGGCCCCUCGCUCCACAGCUGGCGGUGGCUACGAUAGGAGAGACUACGUAUGAAGAGAAAAUGAGGAACUGUAAAACUAUCCCACACCUCUGUUUGGUGUCAUUUCUUUGACAAGGGUAUGUAAUACGGGUGCCCUCUCAGACUCCGCUAUGAAGGAGAACGUUUGUCAUUUGUCGACCUGUGAAAAGAUGGACUUGGUUGGCUUUUUAAUGCACUGAGGGAGACAAAAAAGGCCGCACGAUAGUGAAAUGAGUGUAUUUUCUAAUGCAGUAAAGAAAAGCCUUCCAGCCCAAGAGACACUUACUUUUUUAUGUUUUAAGAAGGGUGUAAAGGGAUAUUCGACUUAUUGUUCCCCUUAUAGAAAAGUCACAUGAAUUUUCGAUGUAAAUAUAAACACAUUAAGGAUGUUAAAAAGAACGUUAUCUCAUGUGAAAAACCAAACGCUGACAAGAAAACAUCACACAUGAAUAAAUCGUGUUCACAUGUGAACAAACAAUCAGUUCUGGAUGUGAUUAUUCACAAUUUACAUGUGACUUUUUGGUACGGAUCUGCAAAAUUCAAUGUUCAAUGAAAUGAUUCAAUGAUUGUAGAAACUCUUUGUAGAGACUUUUCUUUACAGUGGUGGUGAUAGGAACCAGGCGUCACCAUAACUACAACGCAAAUACAACGGUAUGAAUGGAUUUAUGCAUUUUUAAAAGCUAUUGUAAAACAGUGUCUCAGACAUCAGGCAAUGAAUUCAUAACCAUUUCAUGUAGGAACUUUCUGUGAGGGAGCUUUUAG